AUGUACAUGUUCUACCAGUCAUUUUGCUUUCUGGGUUUUUCUUUUUGGUUCACACAUAUGUGGAGUAUUGCAUGUGCGUGUGUGUUUAAACAUCUAAUUCCAAAUACGGUGUAAUUGUUUCUCUAUUACUGCCUGGUACUUGAGAAAAGGUUUCAUGCUGCUGUUCAUUUGAACUAAAAAAAGGUCUAAUAGUUCAUGUAAAGGGUGUCCCUUGUUUCAGCUUGAGUGUUUAGAGAGCAGUGUUGAGUUUUUUCUGUUACUGGGGCUCUUUUCAAGUGCUGGUAGGACUUGAAAAGUGACCCGAGUUUCAAAAUUGCUGAAUGGUACUUGAUGAGAGUUCCAAGUUGUUAAGGUGGUGAAUUUUGAGAGGGAGUUCAUAAUUUUAUGCAAUAGUUGUGUUUAAUUGAAGCUGGUACUUGAAAAGGGCACCAGAAAGUUGCUUGAAUACCUUUAAGCUGUUCUUUGGAAUUUGUAGAAGUGUCUUAACUCUUACUGUCUUCCAUCGCUUAAACAAGCCAUGCCGUUAGUCGUUAAUUCCCUGGUAUUGCCUUAUUUUGUGACGAAUUCAGAGGCUAAGCUUAGGUCUCGAGUGAGAGUUCAAAGUUUAGGCAGUGGCAGAGAGUCAAAAAUAUUAUCUUCUGAUUCAAUUCCGGUGAAAGGAACUUCCACUGAAGAGAAAGGAAAGAAUGGGGAUUUGGUUGAUGGUUUCGUGAGGAAGAUUGAGAAGAGUGAUGAGGGUCUGAUUGAUGGAGGGAAUGGAAGGUUAAAAUAUACUAGAGUUGAGAAAAAGAGGGUGAAAGAUGUUAUUUCAAAUGACUUGGAAGUUUUGUGGGAUGAUGGAUACGGGACCAAGACCGUGAGAGAUUAUCUUGAAGGAGCCAAGGAGAUUAUUAGGCCUGAUGGCGGGCCGCCGAGGUGGUUUUGCCCUGUCGAGUGUGGGCAGCCUCUAAAAGAUUCUCCGAUUCUUCUCUUUUUCCCUGGGAUUGAUGGUGUUGGCUUGGGCCUUACUUUGCACCAUAAAGCUCUUGGGAAGGUGUUUGAGGUUAGGUGCCUUCACAUUCCAGUGUAUGAUCGAACACCAUUCGAAGGUCUGGUGAAAUUUGUUGAAAAAAUAGUGAGGCUUGAGCAUGCAUCGUCUCCGAAUAAGCCUAUUUAUCUAGUAGGGGAUUCCUUUGGAGGUUGUCUUGCUCUUGCUGUUGCUGCUCGUAAUCCUGAAAUUGACCUUGUGUUGAUACUAGCGAAUCCAGCCACAUCAUUUAACAGGUCACAGCUGCAACCCUUGUUCCCUCUUUUGGAAGCUUUGCCUGAUGAAUUACAUAAUGCUGUCCCCUAUCUUCUUAGCUUUGUUAUGGGUGAUCCAGUUAAGAUGGCAAUGGUCAAUAUCGAAUCUAAGCUUCCUCCCGGAUUACAAAUUGAACAGUUGUCUAACAAUCUUACUGCUAUGCUACCUAGCCUUUCUGGUUUAGCUGAUAUCAUUCCAAAGGACACUCUUCUGUGGAAAUUGAAACUGCUUAAAUCAGCUGCUGCCUAUGCUAAUUCCCGGCUUCAUUCUGUAAAAGCUGAAGUGCUAGUGCUCUCUAGUGGCAAAGAUCAAAUGCUUCCUAGCAGUGAUGAAUCACAGCGUCUGAAAAGUUCCUUAAAGAAUUGUACUGUUCGUCAUUUCAAGGAGAAUGGGCACACCAUUUUAUUGGAAGAUGGUGUUAAUUUGCUUACUAUUAUUAAAGGUACUAGCAAAUACCGUCGCUCAAGGAGGCUUGAUUUUGUCUCAAACUAUGUGCCACCUAGCAUGUCGGAAUUCAAACGUGGAUUUGAAGAAGUUGGACUGUUGCAAACUGCCUCUAGUGCUGCUAUGUUCUCAACUCUGGACGAUGGAAAUAUUGUAAGAGGUCUUGGUGGGGUUCCAAAUGAAGGUCCUGUCUUAUUGGUUGGUUACCACAUGUUGUUGGGACUUGAACUCUCUUCCCUUGUUGAAGCAUUCUUAAGAGAGAAGAACAUUAUGGUUCGUGGUAUGGCGCAUCCAAUGCUAUUUACAGGGGGGCUAGAGCUUUCAUCUACAGAAUUUUCGAUAACUGAUUGGAUGAAAGUAAUGGGAGCGGUACCUGUCACAGCAAGCAAUAUUUACAAAUUGCUGUCAACAAAUUCACAUGUGCUUCUAUAUCCUGGAGGCGUACGUGAGGCCUUUCAUUACAGGGGUGAAGAAUACAAGCUAAUUUGGCCUAAACAACAAGAAUUUGUAAGAAUGGCAGCUAGGUUUGGAGCCACUAUUGUACCGUUUGGGGCUGUUGGAGAAGAUGAUAUAGCAGAGUUGGUUCUUGAUUACAAUGACUUGAUGAAGAUUCCAGUGGUUAAUGGCUAUGUCAGAGACGCUACUCGUAAAUCUACAAAAAUAAGAGACGAGAAUCAAGGGGAGGUGGCAAACCAAGUAUUCUACAUCCCAGGUCUUUUGCCAAAGGUGCCUGGCCGUUUUUAUUUUCUGUUCGGAAAGCCUAUAGAAACGAAGGGAAAGGGGGAGAUACUUGAAGACAGAGAAAACGCAAACCAGCUAUACCAGCACAUAAAAUCUGAAGUCGAAAGUUGUCUUGCUUAUCUGUUGAAGAAGCGAGAGGAUGAUCCUUAUAGAAGUAUUAUUGACAGAACAGUGUAUCGUGCAUUACGUUCUCCUUCAAAUGAAGUCCCAGCAUUUGACCCUUAAAAAUUGAUUACAGCAAGCAUUUCUGGGUCUUGGAGACUUCCACAAAUUAAUUGAAAAGUUAUGUAUACUUUCCUAAGCAUCUAUAAACAAUCUUCCAAUCAAUAUAUGCUAUCUAUUUUCUUUA